GUUCUCUCCCACUCACACCGCGAUUCUAGUCUGCGCAUUGAUCCGAUUGCCGAGCAUGAAUGCUGCCGAUAACUGAACUGUCAAAGGCUGAACGUAAAAAAUCAGCGGCAUUUAUAUCAUUAUACAACUGUCGUUGGUGUAAGUUCCAUUCUUAAAAAAUCUGUUUGAAUUUGAACACGCCCAGUGACUCGCAAGGCGUAUUUUGCAAUUGUGGUCGGUAUCCAAUAAAACAGACCUAAAAAGACAUGGACAAACGCCGCUAUUCAACUACGGGUGACUCUUUGUAUAUUUGCAUGGACUUAACCAAGCAGGCUACAAGUGAUGACAUCAAAAAAGCAUAUCGUAGAUUAGCUCUCAGGUACCACCCUGAUAAAAAUCCAAGCCCAGAAGCAGCUGAGAAAUUCAAAGAAGUUAACCAUGCUAAUUCAAUAUUGAGUGAUUCAACCAAAAGAAACAUUUAUGAUAACUAUGGUUCACUCGGGCUCUACAUUGCUGAACAAUUUGGUGAGGAAAAUGUCAACACAUACUUCCUAGUCACGUCAGGGUGGUGCAAAGCUUUGUUUAUUGGUUGCGGAAUAAUAACUGGAUGCUACUUCUGCUGCUGCUGUUGCUGUUGUUUCAACUUCUGCUGUGGAAAAUGCAAACCUAAAGCCCCUGAUGAGACAGGAGAUUAUCAUAACUUUCAGUUGAUUCAAUAUCCCACACAGGACGGACAUCAAGAAGGUGCUGCUGCUAGUCAGCAGCCCAUUAUAGUUGAACAACCGCGGAGCCAGAAAGAGAAUGACGACAGCAGUGACGAGGAUGAAGCAGAGGAAGUCAGAAGUGCGGCAAGAGAAGCGAUAUCUGUUCAACCUGAAUCACGGAAUGUCACCGAAACAACAGGCCUUAAUCCAUCGGACAAGCCGCCAACUUACGCUGCAGCAACAUCGCAGAGCGGAACACCGCAACAUGGUUCAACAGCAAAGGCAGCCAUACCUAUUCAAAGCCAUCAUGAUCCAUGAAUACGUUCGUCUCGAUUGGCCACUAUAGGAAACGGCCGUAAAACUUUUCAAUUAUUUUAAAAUAAUAGUUCCACUACCCUACUACAUUUGGAUGACCGAUAAAUUAACUAGAUUGUCCGUUUAUUUACUUUUCAUAAAAUUUUGAAUAACGGUUCAUUUUCUGGAAUCAUUUUGGUAUUACAAUUUCAGUGUGCAUUAUUCGAUUAUGCUUAGAGUAAAACGCCUGUCAUUUUCUCUCUGCUUUCGAAUUUUGAUUAAUGUAUUUUCCCGUCUUUUUAGCAGACAUUUUCAUUUGUCUCUUUGGUCAUUGACAUAUGGAUGAUUACUUGUUGUAUUUCUUUUCUAUUUCUCUCAGUUUUGUACAAUUAUUCGCCCAAAUGGUAUACAAAAUAUAGUCGUGUGUAUGUGGUACAGUAAAA